ACAUGUAGUUAACAUCAACUAAUAUAUUUCCAUUUUCGUUUUCGUUGUAAAGGAAAUUACAAUCUAUUCCUGCUAGGUGCAUUAAGCAUGAAGUGUAAGAAAAGACAGGUACACAAUGAUUUGGCAGAGAUUAGCGAUAACUACAAUUUUAACUAUAUGUGCAAUAUUUAAUUUGGCAACAGGCGGAAAUAUUUCUAUACAAAAACACGAUAAUAAGACUGGUGAGCUGUCAUAUGAAUGUGGUAGAAAUGCUACACUUACUUGUAACUUUAAGAAGAGCACAUUUGCCAUUUCGUGGAUGAAUGCGACCGAUGUUAUACCAAUUGUAAAAUGUACACACAAUUCACAAAAUAAAUGUUUUUUAACCCCUGAUUAUGAAGGACAGUACAGAUUUACAUACGAUAUACAGGGCAGCUUCAAUUUGACAGUUAUAAAAAUAACCAAGGAAGACAACGGGAGAAAGUUGAUUUGUUCAGACGGUUCUGAUAGCGAUUAUGAAGUUAUAAAAGUUACAGACUAUGAGCCUCUUCUUUUGGAAGAUACAAUAAAUGGGACUGUAGGGGCGAUAUCGGGCUGUAUAUCUCAACACACUGAAGUUUAUUUUAAAUGGAUAAAGGUGUCAGUUAGUAGUGGAAUUGAGGAGGAAAUAAUUCCAACAAUUCAUAACAAUUAUACAAGAAGGUGUUCGAAUGAUUCUGAUUGCGGGAAUGAUCAGCAUGUACAGUAUACAGAGACAAUUUCCGCCAAAUCUAGUGACAAUGGGAAAUAUUUUCUGAAAGUUUUAGCGGUAUAUGAAAAUGCAAGCAAAGAAUCAUGCAAUAGUGCUUACAAGUACCUGAUUGAAGAACAUGAUAAACGAAUCAUCAUUGCAGUGGGAAUUGGAAUUGCUGUGCUCUCUGUAGCAAUUCUUUUAACAGGGUAUUAUGUGUGGAAAUGUUGGAAACGAAGAAGAAAAAAAGAGAGAGAGAGUAAGAGAUUCCAAAUGCAUGAAGAAGAAUACACACAAAAUGGAUUGUUAGAAAAAGAAAAAGAAAGAGAUACCCCAACCUACCCGAAUGAAGACAAAACCCCGCCGAAUGAAGGAGACAUCAUGGAACUUAAAAAAGAGCAGUUCGAUCGUCGUCGUCGUCAUCGUCACCCAGAAGCUGUCCACGUGUGACGUCAAAUCAAUAGUUAUCAAUAUCAAUUUAAUUUGCUGAAAUAAGCAAACAUUGUUGCAUUAUUCAAGAUAUCAUCGUUUGUAUUACAUACCGUAUUACCGGCGCCAGUGCUGACAUAUUGCUGCAGUGAUGGUAGUUGUGUUAAGUGAAAGCAUCGUUGCAGGAUAUGCAUUAAUGCGGUUUACCAGUACUAUUUGCCUUCAAUUUCGCAAUCAAAUCUGUACAUGCUAGAGCAGAAAUACAGUGAGGAUGACCGAAAAACGGAUCACAAUUAAAUUGUGCUUGCGUAAUAAACCAAUCAAAUUUAUAGCCUACCUGUUGUAAUCAGUAUGCAGUAAAUUGUCAUCAAUAUAUCAUCACCGGUGCCGGUAAUACGGGGUGUAUUAGUUAAAUGUUUCUUCAUCGAAUGAGCUUGCUUGUAUGUUAUUGAUUGGUCCGAUCGUAUCAUGAAAUGUGUUUUGGAUAGUUUAAGGCGUAGCAUUCAUUCUUCGUGUUUGUUUUUUAUAAGGGGAGUAUAUUCUUUUAUACUUCUAUUUUGUUGACUUUUGUAUCAGUUUUUGUGACAUUACUUUACUUGUUUUCUGAAGUUGUAGAUUAUGCUACCUAAGUUGUAUUUUGUACAAUUAAUAUGUCGUGGGGGGCUACGUCUUUGCCUUUGCCUUGUUGAUCUUUGUUCUCUUUUUUUAAUAUCACAAUGAAACCAUCUUGAUUGAUUGGUGACCAUUUUAUUAAAAUUACUUUACUAUCACUAUAUUUUAUUUUCAAUAUUAUUUUAUUCAUUAUUGGAGGGACGUGCUGGUAUAUUCAACGAAAUGACUUUCUUGGGGUUUUAGACAAAUCUCCCUUUUCUUCUUUAAUAGAUGCAAAAAGCUAGAGAAAGGCAGUGAAUUUUUGUUUGAUAGUUAACAUAAAAAUAUAGAGCAUACUAUUUAUAUGAUUGAAUGCAUUUUAAAAACAAAACAAUGUUACGGUACAUUUGUAUUUUCUUUAUACAUGUGCAACAGGAUGCCAAUAACUAAAUGGAUGAAAAACUAAUUUAAAAUUAAAAUGGAUAAAAACUAAAAUGGAUGAAAAAUGACGUUCAUGCUCAAUCUAAACUGAGUGCCCUAUCCUCAGUGCACCAUCCCAUAUGCCACAUCCCCUGUGCAAUAUUGUUACGU